AUGAAGACUUUUAGCAUAAAAGAAAAUGGAAUCAUAGUAAAUUAUAGUGAUGCGAUAAAUUUAAGAAUAAAUUAUCCAAACGAUAAAAGAAUUAAAAUCUCCAAAGACGGAUCAAAAUUUAUUAAAAUCGAUCAUAUUAAGAAUGAUCAUUAUAAAAUACAAACAAAAUGGUUAAAACCUCUUGGUAUUUUAAUUGCUAAUUACUUACGACAAAAACAUAACUUACCUAUUAGAGAAGAUCAAGAAUAUCUUCUGAAUUUCCCUAGCGGAUAUGAAUUUUUUGAUUACGUAACGUACAACGAUACAAGUCUGACGACUAAAGUUCGCACGGACAAUUACUUAUUCGGAAAAUACAGAUUUCGCUCAACUAAUGAAUUCUUACCUCAUUUAAUAUGGAUGAUCUCAGAUAAAUCUGAAGAAUGUGAAUGUUGUUAUUGUCCAAAGAAUAGUCGUACGGCGAAAAAGAAGAGAGAAUUGGAAAUAUCCGCUUCCGCUUCUUUAGAAAACACCAUGAAGAAACAAAGGAUAAAUAAAUUAACACCUUUGUCAUUACUUUCUAUUUCCACCUUACCAAAUAAAUAUUCCCUAAUUAAUAAAUCACCAACUAUUUCCUUUAAUUCAAAAAAUACUUUGCCAAAAUUUUCUUCUCUUGCGCCAUCUUAUAACAAUGAUUCAUCUUUACAAAGGGUUUCGUUUUAUUCACCAAAUAAUCCUCAAAUAUCAAAAAUUUCAUAUUAUUCCUUGAACAACAAUAAUCACGCUACUUCUUCCCUCGUAAAAGAAUCCAAUUCCUUUGAUCAUUUGUGUAAAGCACAAUAUAGAGUAAAUGAAAUAGUUUGGAUUUGUUUACUAAGUGAUGAUUCAAUGGAAACCUUUGAAAACAUUAACAAGGUUAUCACUAAUCAUAAUGCCAGGAUCCCUUAUUGGCCUGCUCUUAUAACAAACUCAACAUUUAAUACAUCGGUUUCAAAAUAUGUUUAUACCGUUAAAUUUAUUUAUCUCGUCGUUGAAGAGAUCAAUGUAUUAGAGGAUUAUAUUUCUCCUUUCUCCUUCUCUUUGGUAGACAUCACGAAUAAAAUUCGAUCAAAUCAAGUAAAAGUCAUUUGUCAUUCUCAUUAUAGAUAUUUGGAAGUGAUUUCGUGCGUAACACAUUUAAAGAAAACUUUUACGUUAUAUUCUCCAUCAUAUGACGCAGAGAACAACUUGUAUCACUACGACUCCAUCUUGAUUGGUGCCGAAGAAAUCACUUUAGGUGAUACGGUUAAACUUGCAUCAACAACUGACCUAUUUAUAAUCAAAGAUAUUACAAGCGAUUCAGAUAGAGAUAAUGUAAAGUUCAUCGGUAAUUAUGUAUUAGACGACAAAGAUGAUAAACAACAACAAUUACCACCACAACACCUUUCACAAAUCUCAAUUAAUAUAAAUCAAAUUGGUGGUAAAAAUUACACUAGAUUUCCAAAAAUCUUUUACAUCGUGAAUUAA